AUGUUGGAAACCGGUACAUCCGUAGUAGAGGGGAUUGAUAAGCUUCAGUUGAGGACAAAGAAUCAUAGAGUGUGUGCCUUGAGAAGCCUGGAAUCGGGUGGUGAGCAUAACGGCACUCCUGGAAAUGGCGAACCCAUUGCCGUAGAGGAGGAGUAUCUCCAGACUCGGCUUAUCUCUGCCGAGGAAGUUCGAAAGGACUUGUGUGCAUGGAAGCCUUCAAUGGUGGAAGAAUACACAUCGCUAGUGCACACCACGGGAACAUGUAGCCCGUUGAGUCACGAGGACUUUGCGGCAAUUACGGGUGACUCAUCCAAGAAGGUAGAGGUGCUCCCGGGGAAGGUAAUCUUCUCAGUCAAGGCCCGAAGCGGCCGAAAGAAGACUCGAAUUGUAGGGUGUGGAAAUUUCCAGCAGGGUUGCCCAAGGACAAAGCUGGAUACUCAUGCGUCUGGUAUUUCGGCCGAGUCCAUCAGACUGCUAGUUCGCUUCGCAGGGCAUAGUCAGUGGACAAUUUCAACGACGGAUAUCAAAACAGCCUUCCUGAACGCCCCGAUUGUUACACCCAAUGAAGAGACAAUCAUCGUUAGGGUUCCAAGUAUCUUGAGGGCUGCGGGCGUAUGCCAGGAAGCAUACUGGCAAAUCAAGAGGGCCCUGUAUGGAUUGGAUGUCGCGCCGAGGAGUUGGACGCUGUUUCGGAACAAAACCUUGGGGUCCAUCGAGCAGCUGGGUGAUGGGACUCGUGUCACAUGCAAGCAGCUACCGGCAGACUCCAAUAUCUGGGAAGUCAUUGAUGAAGAUCGCCAAGUUCGGAUUGCGUUGAUAGGGGUGUACGUCGACGACUUGAUGCUAGUGGCACCCGAGAGUCAUCAAGAAGUGAUGAUGAAUACUCUGAGAGGUCUGUGGACGACCUCGGAGCCAGAAGUGGUGGAAGAAGGCAAAGAUGUCUCCUUUGCUGGAUAUGAGCUGCGGAAGUGCGGUGAUGCUGUUUGCCAUCAGAUUUCAGUGGAUCCUGCUGCAGCCUGUGAUGCCGGGCUGGUUGUCAUGCAGUAUCUGAAGAAAACAAUGUCUUACAGUCUUCAAUAUGGCCCGGCACCUCAGAACUAUGGAGUGUGGAAUGAGCUGCAGUUCAAGAGAGAGGCUACCCUUGUUGAGAUCUUCACAGAUGCAUCGUUCUGUCCGGAUGAGAGCUGCAAAUCUUUCCAAAGCGCUAUGAUGUUUUGGGGAGGCUGCUUGGUGAUGUGGGCGGGAAGUCGCCAGAGCUUGAUUGCAGCAUCAACAGCCGAAGCAGAGCUGAUCAGCAUGGUGGAAGGGUACUCAAUGGGCAGAGCCUUCUUGCCCACCAUAGAAGCUUUGUGUCGAGGUUACAGCAGUGGGUCUGGAAGUUCUGAUGACGCAGAAGUUUGCACCAAAGUGCUGUAUGGUGACAAUGCAGCAGCAAUCCAGCUUACCCAGCUCGAUGCUGGGGCAUGGCGGACACGUCAUCUCCGACUACGUGGUGCAACGCUGCGUCAGGCUGUGGAGGACCUGGGGUGGAAAGUGGUUCACUUGUCAGGCCUGUACAUGCCGGCAGAUAUUGGAACAAAGGUUUUAGGCUUGGAGGGGCGUCGAGCACCAGAGAGGUUUGGGGAGCUCACUGUGGCCAGCUUUUGCAUAGGUUUAGGCCCUAUCCAUUCGCCAAGAUCUGAUGGAGAGUUCCCGAAAAGUAAUCCUCAGGCAAUGAGAGAGCCGUUGCUGGGCUCAGGCACUGAGGAACCAGGGACGGGGAGGCUGAGAUCCGGUGAUGUAGGUGAGGAAGGAGGAGUCACAACAUAUGAAGAUGCGUUUCCGGCUGUAGGGCAGGAGGCUGAGGCCUACCGGCCUACUUAUGAGGACUUGAUUGCAGCGUACCCUCAGGAGCUGGAGGGCGAACGCCGGUUGAGGGAACAGCUGUAUGAAAGCGAGCGGUUUGGUCAAGAGUACGUUGACCGAUGUACAUACCUGCGCAGUCUGCUGCGCGAGCGUAGCGUGGAAAUAGACAGGUACGUAGAGGAGCUGCAAGCGGCCCGCGCCGAAAAUUACAGACUGAGAGCCAGGGAAACUGGGGGAGAUCCUCGGUCGGCCUCCACCGACGAGCAGGCGACUGCUCAACUGCAUCACCCCGAUGUCCGCGGGGCCUACAUGCAGAGUGAAGAAGUAAGAUCGGUAGAGCUUGAAGGUCGGGCUCCAACCGUUCAGCCACCACCAGAGCUGAUUGCACGAUAUGUAGAUGAUGAAGCUUGGAUAGUUCAGGUCCCGAAUCAGCCGGCAAACCAGCUUUCGUCUUCUGAAGAUUCGGAGCUGGAAG